UGUGUGUGUGUGAGAAGCAAGAUUUAGAAAAGAGUGACAGGGGACUAGAUGUGGAUUAUUGUGAGCAUCUGCUGGAGUCUGACGGGCAGGACGAUGAGCGACGGGUUGGUUGAUGACCUCACAGCUGAAACAGGACACACAAAGACAGGUGGCAGGAAAUAGACAGAGACAAGCCAGUUCUGUGUUGGGACACAUUGAGAUCCCGUCCCGGGGUUCUUCUUCCUUUUCAUGAUUAAUAAAUCUUUAUCUUUGAACAAACCUUUUGCUGCCACUUGGGAGUGUGACGCUAUUCAUCUGUGUGUCCAUAUGGGGACAUUCGAAGGAAACAGGAAAAGGUUGUGCAGGCGAUGAUACGUCAGCAGGCUCUAACUACGUGUUUACAUGUUAAAAAUGCAACAUUUUCGUGAUAGUCAAAUACCACCUGAUGUAGGCAAAAGCAAGCAGCAAACAUUUCCAUAUAGACAAAUAGGAAAAGUUCUUUGGUAAAACCUACAGCACAUAAGAGGCAAUGAGACGUCCUGCAGAAGUGCACUUCAUCUCCUCCAAAGAAACACCUGCACACCAGGUAAGAACACUAGUUGGGACAUUUGGGCUUCAUGUAGCGUUUUUAUUUCAUCCAGCUAACAAGCAUUUGUGUAAUGUGCAAUAACCACAGUGAGACCCUGUGUGUACAUAAACAUUUACUUUCUUAGUUACAAGUAUAUUCAGUUACUGUGGGUUUUUGCAUUUAUUUCUUCUUUUUUUGUCUUAUUAUUAAUAUAUAUUCUUCUUGUUGUUUUUUUUACCAUGUAUCUUGUGUGUACUUUCAUAGAAGAAACUAUGCUCCGCCUGGUGAUUCUACUGCUCGCUUCAAGUUGCGUCACUCUGUGUUCACUCUUCUCCCGAGAGUAUCACCUGAUAAACGAGCAUAAGACAUGGGACGGGGCCCGAGCUUACUGCAGACAGAACCACAGUGAUCUCGCCACCAUCGGCAACAGGGACGACCUGGACAUACUUAGGAACAUGACCAACGCCAUCGGCUGGACUAAGGACACCUGGAUUGGACUUAGAAUGGGCACGGGGUUCUCCUGGAAGUGGUCCGUAGGAGAGCCUGAGAACAUUGCUGUGUACACUAACUGGGCCGCUGCACCAGGCUCGGGUUCCUGUGGCAGCGUGGCGGUUGGUGGGAAAUGGCUCGCAGCCUCCUGUGGAUCAACACUGGGGUUUAUCUGUAAGGAAGGUAAGGGCCUCGCUUUGUUAGUUGUUUCUACAGAGGUGUCCUGGUGGGAAGCCCGGCAGCACUGCCUGCAGAGAGGUACUGACUUGGCCGUCGUCAGGAACCAGGCGGAAAACCAGAUGUUACGGAGCAUGUUUAAUGAAAGCAAAGCUUUCUGGGUGGGUUUGUUCAGAGAUGAGUGGCAAUGGUCGGACCAGAGCGACAGUUCUUUCCGAUCCUGGGAGAUCGCUCAGCCAAACAGCGAUGGAUCAUGUGCAUUGCUUAACAUGCCCAACACAUGGUUUGACAGAGCUUGUGGUAACCGCUAUCCUUUCAUCUGUCACACCGGUGAGCGUCCAAUGUCUGUUGCAGUCUGAUUCAGUCCAGUGCAGCAUCGCUUUUCCUCUUAAUAUCAUCCUCAACAUGAUUUAUUUGACAAAACAAACAAAAGUCAUUUUUAUUUUUUGUUUAGAAAAAGAAGUAAGAAAACAGACCAUUGUGAAGGUGGAAAUGAAGUCAAAUUCAGACCUGAAUGACCCGACUGUGAGUGAAGCCAUUCUGAACCAAAUCCAACAGAAGUACGGCAUGGUCAAGCUUCAAUGGAGAAUCCAGCCGGACGGAAAGAUUUUCCACAAAAAAGAAAAGAAGGAAAUCAAAGAAACCUGUAAAAAUAAAGUAAAGUCGACGUUAUGAAAUGAUCUGCAGUGCAAAACAAGACUUGACAAUUACUCCUGAAAACAUGCAAAGGCACCUUAAGGGUGAAAGAUAAAAUUACAGUAACAUCAUGAGAAGUAAAAAAAAAAAUUAUGUUUUUUUUUUUUUUAAAUGCUCUUUGGAAAGAGACUUUGUUGCAUUUGACAAAUACAUUUUUUCAAGUCUUUUUAAGUUUUUAAGUCAAUAACGUAGCAUUUUUAAUACCCUGCAGUUAGGAUACGUGUUGAAAUGUAUCUGAGAAGCAUUAUAUAUAUUUCAUUAUGUAGGUUUAGUAAGUGAUAGAAAGAUGUCUCACCUUUUAGGUGUUUCCUACUCCCUUCUAAACGUAUCUUACAUCUUUAUUUUAUUCAGAAUUUGUUUGUUUUCUUAUAUUUUGUUGCAUAUUUUAUCUAAUAUAUUUAUUACAUGAUAUUUAUAAUAGUUUUGAUAUGAAUUAAAAUCUUUAACUGCAAAGUAAUAAUGUGUGUUUGAUACUUUUUUUGCAUUGAAUCAUACUCGAAUGAUUACUGAAACUGGCCCUACCGAAAACAAUCCACCAGCCGCCACUGGGCCUAGAUGUGGAUUAUUGUGAGCAUCUGCUGGAGUCUGACGGGCAGGACGAUGAGCGACGGGUUGGUUGAUGACCUCACAGCUGAAACAGGACACACAAAGACAGGUGGCAGGAAAUAGACAGAGACAAGCCAGUUCUGUGUUUUUGAGAUGCGUCCCCGGGGUUCUUCUUCCUUUUCACAAUUAAUCGAUCUUUACCUUUGAAUAAACCUUGUGCUGACACUUCACAGUGUGACGCUAUUCAUCUGUGUGUCCACAUGGGGACAUGGAAGGAAAACAGCAGGUCGUGCGAGCAAUAUUACGUCAGCAGGCUCUAACUACGUGUUUACUCGUUAAUAAUUAAACAUUAUUUUAUGACAUUGAAAUAUUCCCAUGAUGUAGGCAAAAGCAAACAGCAAACAUUUCCAUAUAGACAAAUAGGAAAAGUUCUUUGGUAAAACCUACAGCACAUAAGAGACAAUGAGACGUCCUGCAGAAGUGCACUUCAUCUCCUCCAAAGAAACACCUGCACACCAGGUAAGAACACUAGUUGGGACAUUUGGGCUUCAUGUAGCGUUUUUAUUUCAUCCAGCUAACAAGCAUUUGUGUAAUGUGCAAUAAUCACAGUGAGACCCUGUGUGUACAUAAACAUUUAUUUUCUUAGUUACAAGUAUAUUCAGUUACUGUGGGUUUUUGCAUUUAUUUCUUCUUUUUUUUGUCUUAUUUUUAAUAUAUAUUCUUCUUGUUGUUUUUCUACCAUGUAUCUUGUGUGUACUGUCCACUUUGCUGCGAUCCUGUGAAUUUACCCAUUAUAGGACUAAUAAAGGAAUAUCUUAUCUUAGACAUUAACGUUUUUACCCUUUAACCCUUUCAUAGAAGAAACUAUGCUCCGCCUGGUGAUUCUACUGCUCGCUUCAAGUUGCGUCACUCUGUGUUCACUCUUCUCCCGAGAGUAUCACCUGAUAAACGAGCGUAAGACGUGGGACGAGGCCCAGGCUUACUGCAGACAGAACCACGGUGAUCUCGCCACCAUCGGCAACAUGGACGACCUGGACAUACUUAGGAACAUGACCAACGCCAUCGGCUGGACUGAAGAGACCUGGAUUGGACUUAGAAUGGGCACGGGGUUCUCCUGGAAGUGGUCCGUAGGAGAGCCUGAGAACAUUGCUGUGUACACUAACUGGGCCGCUGCACCAGGCUCGGGUUCCUGUGGCAGCGUGGCGGUUGGUGGGAAAUGGCUCGCAGCCUCCUGUAACACAACACUGGGGUUUAUCUGUAAGGAAGAACCUCUCUGUUACACUUUUUGCACCUCUACAGGUAAGGGCCUUGGUUUGUUAGUUGUUUCUACAGAGGUGUCCUGGUGGGAAGCCCGGCAGCACUGCCUGCAGAGAGGUACUGACUUGGCCGUCGUCAGGAACCAGGCGGAAAACCAGAUGUUACGGAGCAUGUUUAAUGAAAGCAAGGCUUUCUGGGUGGGUUUGUUCAGAGAUGAGUGGCAAUGGUCGGACCAGAGCGACAGUUCUUUCCGAUCCUGGGCCAUCACUGAUCCAUAUGGCAAUGGCUCAUGUGCAUUGCUUUGGAUCGAAAAGACAUGGAUUGACAGAGCUUGUGGUGACCGCUAUCCUUUCAUCUGUCACACCGAAAAAGAAGUAAGAAAACAGACCAUUGUGAAGGUGGAAAUGAAGUCAAAUUCAGACCUGAAUGACCCGACUGUGAGUGAAGCCAUUUUGAACCAAAUCCAACAGAAGUACGGCAUGGUCAAGCUUCAAUGGAGAAUCCAGCCGGACGGAAAGAUUUUCCACAAAAAAGAAAAGAAGGAAAUCAAAGAAACCUGUAAAAAUAAAGUAAAGUCGACGUUAUGAAAUGAUCUGCAGUGCAAAACAAGACUUGACAAUUACUCCUGAAAACAUGCAAAGGCACCUUAAGGGUGAAAGAUAAAAUUACAGUAACAUCAUGAGAAGUUCAAUCAAAAAAAUGCUCUUUGGAAAGAGACUUUGUUGCAUUUGUUGCAGUCUUUUUAAGAUUUUAAGUCAAUAACUUAGCAUUUUUAAUAUCUUGCAGUUAGGAUACGUGUUGAAAUGUAUCUGAGAAGCAUUAUAUAUAUUUCAUUAUGUAGGUUUAGUAAGUGAUAGAAAGAUGUCUCACCUUUUAGGUGUUUCCUACUCCCUUCUAAACGUAUCUUACAUCUUUAUUUUAUUCAGAAUUUGUUUGUUUCUUAUAUUUUGUUGCAUAUUUCAUCUCAAUAGAUUUAUUGAUGAGGCAAUUGUUUUAAAUGUUCACACUGUCUUCACUCAUGUUCCUGAUAAGCAGUUGUGCUGCAUCCUUUUGCACAAAAUGAAUAGAAAUACGGGGGGGGGGGGGGCAGUUGGAGCGGCUCGGAGUAAAAGGUGCACAGGAGGCCCUUUGACAGAGUGACCAGUGGGAGCCUUGUCCCUGCUGCCCCAAUCUGGUGUCCCUUUGUCUUAUUUGUCUUUUUAAAUAGAGAUGCAUCUGUAGCAGGUUGACUGGUCGCAGGUGGUUUCAAUCACUUCAUUCUCUUUGGACCAAUCAGGAAGUUGCUGCAUGCUAUAUAGUCGGGGGGUUUGCCAUCUUGACCCCGUUGCUCUUUGUUGCUGCUCUGGGUGCGCUCGCGGCGCGUUCACGGUUGUGCAACAGGUAAUGUAGUGUGCUUAAUUGUUUGUUUUUUUUACUUAAAGGCCUUGGUUGCGUUGGGAUGACCAUCACAGAGUGUGUUGUCUUUUUGCAGUGUCUUUCCUGUCACAAACCCGAGCUUUCCUUUAACGGAAUCGGGUUGAGCGGUGCCGCUGGUAUAGGUCGGACAAGCCUUUCUCCUCUCAUGUCUUUUAAUGAGUGAGUUGUCAAGUAAUCGGCCGUUUUAUUGUAGGCUGUGUGUAGCUGUAUGAGGGCGGCAGGUGUUACGGGUGCGACACUCCCUGACGGGGUCAGACCCCCUCCCUCCCCCUCCCCCUCGCUCAAAGUGUCGGGCAGGGCCGUUUGACUGCGACCCGAAUGAUAGUUUGCCUUCUUUUGGGGUUGCUACUAUGUGUACGGAGUUUGGGAUUUAUGUUUAUGGGUUUUAUUUGUUAAACUAUGAUUUGAAGUGAUUUUGGUUUAUAUUUCUUUUAAGUUCUGAUGAUAAGACUAAUUUUGUUUAUUAUAUUGUCUAUUUUUGUCAUUUUGGGUUGGUAGGCUCUGGGCAGCCAUUAAGACCCCUUUUGCUGCCUAGAUUUGCCUUAAAGUAGUUUUUCAUUUAUUUUCUGGUUUAUUGAUUUACUUUCCCUCCCAAUAACUGGAUGCCCUCCUUCCAUAGUUGCUGAGUGCCGAAGGUGGUGGUGUCUGUGUCCCAGGUGGUGGUGUCUCCCUCCCGUGUUUUCCCCCGUUUGGUUUAAUUUGCGUUUUGCUCGCCGCAGUGUGUGUGUGUGUUUGUGUGUUCACGUGUGAUUGGGGUGAUCCUUCCCUGAGACCCCACACCCCGCUGGCCCUGGCCCUCCACCGGUAAGGCCUCAGUACCUACUUUCCAUAUUACGUACGUCUCUGGCUUCAGGCAUAAAUCGAACCGGUGUGCUUUCUGUGUUUGGUGAAUGGAUUGUAGUACGAUUCCAUUCUCGGGGUGAAAUUCCCCGGGUGGCGUUGCCGGGGUCAUCGGUGUUGGGCGGGCGAAAAAGGCGCUCCACACCCAAAGAGUUCCACUCGCCACACAUCUCUUUUACUGGGUUUUGAUGGUGGGGCAAAACCUCUGAGACUACUUUUAGAUUCAGUCAUUUAUAGACAAUGUUGUUAUCUGGUGUUUGACUGAUUUUAAUUCGUAGUUUGAUUCAGAGUGCAGUUUUCUUAUUCUUACAUAUUUUGAUCCUAAUAGAUUUACUGAUGAGUCAAUUGUUUUAAAUGUUCAUACUGUCUUCAAUAUUCACUCAUGUUCCUGAUAAGCAGUUGUGUUGCAUCCUUUUGCACAAGAUUAAUAGAAAUAAAUAAAGAUGUGGAUGAGUCUCCAGGCUCCUCUUAAAGGUACAGUGCGUAGUGUUUGGUGGCAUCGUGUGGUGAAUUUGCAGAGACAAAAAGAACUCCAGCAGCUCACAGGAAAGCCCUGAUGGUUUCUAAUUGUCCAUUUGAUAAUAUUUAAUCAGGUUAGUGUUCCUUGAUUGACUCUAUAGGGAGUUUUAAUUUGUAGUCCAUCACUCUCAAAACUACAACUCCCUUCAUGUUAAUCUGAGCAUUGUUUUAAAGAAAUUAUCCUUUAUUAUUAUAAAUAAUGAUGAUGCCUUUUUGUGGCUCCACUAAAUCUAAUUAUUAAAGUGCGUUUGAUUACAGUUGCAUUGUGGGUAUUGUAGGCCCAAGCUUUAGGGACAUGUUCAACAACGUUAU